AUGGCACCACCAGGAGUCGAUAAACAGUUCCCAUCUUCAAAGCCGGCGGUCGCCGGAAAACCCAUCCCUGCUCCUCCGACUCGUCAGCCUUACUCUGUCAACCGUAACCAACAACAACGGCGAUGGCAACGGCCAAGCUGUCGUCGGAUCUGUUGUUGUUGUUGCUUCUGGUCAAUCUUAAUCCUCCUCAUAACCAUCCUAAUCGCUUCUCUCGUCGCAAUCGGACUUUACGUUCUCUACCACCCUCGUCCACCGUCAUUCUCCGUCCCAUCUCUCCGUAUCCACCGCUUCAAUCUCACCACCGCCGCUGAUUCCUCCGCCUCACACCUCUCUUCUCUGUUCAAUCUAACUCUCAUAACCAAAAACCCUAAUUCACAUUUCACUUACAAUUACGAACCGUUCUCAGUCUCUGUUGUGACCGAUCCAGAUGAGAUAUUCCUCGGAAACGGCACCGUUCCGGCUUUCUCGAGUGGGGAGAAGAAUCUGACUUCGUUCAGAGCAAUCGUUGUCACAUCGACGGAGGCGCGCGAGCUCGACGUCGGGGAAAUCUCGGGUCUUAAAUCGGAUCUGAAGCGGAAAAACGGAUUGGAUCUGAAGAUUGUGAUGGACACGAAAGUGGAGAUUAGAAUGGGGAAACUGAAAAGCAAGAGAGUUGGGAUUAGGGUUUCUUGCUCUGAGAUCAAAGGGACUGUUCCUAAAGGUAAAGCAGCACCUGCAAUGGCUUCUACAGAUAAAUCUAAGUGUAAGGUUGAUCUUAGGAUCAAGAUCUGGAAUUGGACUUUUUAA